AUGAUGCUCACGGCGCGCGCACCGACGACGGCGCACGCCUCGGUGGCGGCGCGAUCGACCGCGACGCGACGGCCGUCGAGCGCGGUGGUGGCGAAAUUCACGGCGAAGCGAUCGGCGAUCGUCGGCGGCGGCGCGGCGGUGCGCAUGGCAUCCGUCGUCGCGACGACGCGUGAGCGACGGACGGUGGUGACUAAGGCUGGCGGCGUCGCCAAGGCUGCCCCGGGGGAACCGAAGAAGGUGUUCGGUUUGACCCUCCCGGAGAAUGAAGGCAUCUCCUUCGCCAUCCUCGCGGCUGGUUCUCUCGGUUCCGCGCUCGGCUUCGCGGCGCUCCAAGAAGGUGUGUUCCGCAUCCCGGGUUUCAAGUUCUCCGCCUGGAUGACCGUGUUGACGACGUUUACGUACUUUUUGUGCGGCGCGCUCGAGAUGAAGCUCACGAACGACACGCGCAAGGGCACGUGGAAGAACUACGGUAUCCUCUCCGUGUACACCUACGGUGGCAUGGCGAUGACCAACUACGCUCUUUCGUACUUGAACUAUGCCACGCGUAUCGUGUUCAAGUCCGCGAAGAUUAUUCCAGUCAUGGCGUUCUCCGUCUUGAUCGUCGGCAAGAAGUACAACUGGAAGGAGUGGUUGUCCGCGGCUAUUCUCGUCGCCGGUAUCAUCCUCUUCACGCUCGGUGACGUUGCGUCCUCCCCGACCUUCGCCCCGAUCGGUGUUGCGCUCAUUGCCGGUGCCUUGUGCGUCGACGCGAUCUGCGCCAACUUUGAAGAGAAGAACUUCUUCCGAUGCGAGACCCCGUCGACGACGCAAGAGGUUCUCUGCUACGCGUCCCUCAUCGGCACCGCGUACGGCCUCGUGCCGCUCAUCGCCUCCGGUGGCCUCGCGCCGGCGCUCGCUUUCUCCCAAGCGAACCCGCAAGUGGUCCCGCUGAUCAUGGCGUUCUCCGUCAUGGGCUACUCUUCCGUGUCCUUCAUUCUCUCCCUCAUCAAGUACUUCGGCGCCACCGAGGCUGAGAUCGUGAAGUCGCUCCGUAAGGUGCUCUCCAUCGUCAUUUCUUUCAUGCUCUUCCCGAAGGAACUUAACUGGAAGUACAUCGCCGGCUUUGCCGCCGUCGUCAUCUCCACGGUGUACACCUUCUACCUCAAGCAACAAAAGAACGCCGCCAAGGCCGCCGCCAAGGCGUAA